AAUUGACACAAUCACAAAUGAACAUUGAACACGUCAAAAUUAGUUUUUUUCCUCCAACGAGUGAUACGAAACGAUGUUUUGAAAAUGCAUUUGUUGACAAUAAUGCGAUUUCGGAGUACCUAGAAAACUCGCGGAGUGUUAUUCAUGUAAAUUUUAGUGUAUGGACGUGUUAAGUGUAUUUAAUUUCAAUGAAAAUGAAGGCUGUUCUAGCGACUGUAAUCACCGUAGCCCUCACUACGGUGGUGAUAGGCAAUGCCUAUUACCAGAAGAAACAAUUUUACCCAUCCGUAGUUUAUUUAACCAAUUCAAACCCAUCCAUGGCUGUAAUGUACUUACAAGCCUUUAUACUGGUCUUAUUGGUGGGUAAAAUUCUUAGGAAAAUCUUCUUUGGCCAACUCCGGCCAGCAGAAUUUGAGCACCUAAUAGAGAGAUCCUGGUACGCCAUCACUGAGACAUGUCUGGCAUUCACAGUUUUCCGAGAUGAUUUCAAUCCUAAGUUUAUAGCACUAUUCACUGUUUUGCUGUUCUUGAAGGCAUUCCAUUGGCUCGCUGAAGACAGGGUUGAUUAUAUGGAGAGAAGUCCAGUGAUAGGGUGGCUGUUUCACGUGAGGAUCCUAAGUCUCUUGAUGCUUCUGGCCCAGUCGGACUUGUAUUUCAUCCACCAUGCAUAUUUAUUUACUGCUACCAAAGGCCCAUCUGUUCAAUUAGUCUUUGGAUUUGAAUAUAGCAUACUUAUUAUAAUGAUUGUGAAUAUUCUAAUCAAGUACGUCCUCCACGCUAUCGACUCCCGGUGGGAGGCGCCCUGGGAGAGCAAGGCGGCCGUGCUGCUCUACACGGAGCUGGCGAUCAACUUCCUCAAAGUGCUGCUGUAUGUAGGCUUUGUGGCAGUCAUGGUGCGCAUUUACACACUGCCACUCUUCGCCUUCCGUCCUAUGUAUGAAACUAUGAGAAGUUUCAAGAAGGCGUACAAUGACGUGGUACUAUCGCGGCGCGCUAUCCGCAACAUGAACACUCUGUAUCCCGACGCGACGUCCGAGGAGCUCGCCGCCGCCGACAACGAGUGCAUCAUCUGUCGUGAGGAGAUGCAUAGUGGUGCAAAGAAACUGCCAUGCAACCACAUAUUCCACGCGGCGUGCCUCCGGCUUUGGUUCCAACGCCAACAGACCUGUCCAACGUGCCGUCUCAACGUGCUCCGCGCCCCGGCUCCGGAACAAGCCAACCCCAACGCGCCGGCGCCGCACGCCAACGCACCGCACGCCAACGCGCCCAACGCUAACGCACCUACGCCGCCGCCACCCGCUGCACCCGUCCCACCGCCCUUCCCCAACAUGCCGCCGCCACCGAUGAUGGGUUGGGGCAUGCCACCGCCGCCGCCUCCGCGCCCCGCGUCGCUCGCCAGCCUCACUGUGGAGGAGUUGCAACGCAUGGAGGGCACUGAGAGGAGGAACAUCGAAGCACGAUUGCAGCUGCUUCGCGAGAUACAAGCCAUGCUGGACGCGUCGGUGCUGCUCAUGCAGCAGUACUCCAACGUGGUGGCCAACCUGCCCCUCAACUGCUCCAACGUCGCUACGCAAACUGAAAUUAUCCGAACAGAACCUUCCCCGGAGCCGUCGCCAGUGAAGGUGAAGACUGAACCAGACGUGGUGCCCACCACGUCCACGUACAGGCCCACUGCUGGCCCGUCCACGAGCAGGGAUGAUUUCAGCUUCGAUGCGGCGGAAACCACACUAGAUUCUAAUAGGGAGAAAUCCGACGCCGACGCGGAAGAGCUCCGGAGACGUCGAUUACAAAAAUUCAGUACAGAAAAGUGAAUGUGCUAAACAAACAAUUGUGUCCCACUCUCCUUACUUGCUAAUUUAAAUGUACAAAGUGUUUUGGUACGUGCAACUUGCAAGCAUUGUGUAUUCUAAUCAAAUGUAAAUGUAUUUGUGUCCUUGUAAAUAUAUUUGGAUAUAUACAUGAAUACAUUUAAAAA